CUGCCAACAUGGUGCUCGCACUUGCUCUCUCCGCUGAGCUGAACGGCGUCACCGACCUCCGCCCCAUCGACACCGAAGACUCGCCCUUCCACUACACCUUCAAAGUGCAGUGCACGUCAUGUCGCGAGACGCACCCCAACUUUGUCACCAUGACACGCUUCGAAAUGAACGAGAUGAGCGGUAGCAAAGCCGAAGCCAACUUCGUGUGGAAGUGCAAGAAUUGUAAGAGAGAACACAAUGCGAACAUCAAGGCAGCGCCGGCCGCCUACGAGCAAUCCGAUCCGCCCAAGACGGUGAACAUACUCGAGUUCGAUUGCAGAGGGUUGGAAUUCACCGAGUUCAAGGCUGAGGGCGAGUUUGAGGCCAAGGGAAUCGAGUCGGGGACAAAGUUCGCUUCCAUCGACCUGGAUGAGGGCGAGUGGUUCGAUUAUGAUGAGAAGGCAGGCGAAGAAGUGAGCAUUACGAACAUAAAGUGGCAGAUAAGGAGGGCAUAAGGGGCUGGGUCAAUAGAGCGCAUGUGAGACGGCAAGUCCGGUACAAGUGUACGGCAAUGGAGGACGGAGACAAGCACAAACAGUAGUCCCGGGCAUCAGAAGAUCGGUACGAGGUUAGCGAGAAGAUGCUUCUUAUAUGAUUGUGCUUACACCUGUUGAAGCUCAUACUUUUAGGGACC